AUGUUGCUACGACCAAAUGCAAGAGCCGAUGCUCGUCGUAACCGUUACAAGGUCGCCGUCGACGCCGCCGAUGGCCGCCGGAGACGUGAAGACAGCAUGAUCGAGAUUCGCAAGAGCAAACGUGAAGAAAGCUUACAGAAGAAGCGUCGCGAAGGCCUUCAAUCUCAGGAGCAGUUCCCCACUCUCGACAAGAAGCUAGAGAGACUUCCUUCAAUGGUUGCCGGCGUUUGUUCUGACGAUAGUAGUGCUCAAGUGGAGACCACCAUACUGUUUCGGAAGCUACAUUCAAUUGUAGAACGGAAUCCUCCUCCUAUUGAUAAGGUUAUUCAAUCUGGUGUUGUGCCACGUUUGGUUGAGUUUCUCGCCAGAGAGGAUUUCCCUCAACUCCAGUUUGAGGCUGCAUGGGCUCUGACAAACAUAGCAUCUGGAACUUCUGAGAACACUAAAGUGGUGGUUGAUCAUGAAGCAGUUCCUGCAUUUCUCACGUUGCUUAAUUCACCUAGUGAGGAAGUUUGA